CAGCGGGUCACUUUUACCUCAGGAGUUUCUUUUGCUAAGGAAUGGUGGUGUGUAGUUAGUAUUAGUUAGAAUCGUUCAAAAAGAAAAUUAGGAUGUUUGAGGAACAUGAAUACUUGAAGGCUGCAAAUGAAAUCAACAAUAUUGAUAUUGAAGGGUUCGAGUUCUUUACAGAGUCAAAACAGGAUCAUGUAAACUGUAAAAUUUAUAGGAGAUACAAACAGGACUCUGGUCUCUAUGACUACAAGAUCCUUGGCAACCUGUUAGAUGUUAGCUAUGAGAGAUGUAAAACAGUCUACAUGGAUCUUGAAUACAGAAAAGUGUGGGAUUCAUAUGUCAAAGAUUUGUAUGAAUUUGAAAAAUCAGGAGUAAAAGGCAUUUACUGGAAUGUAAACUAUCCUUUUCCCUUGUCAAACAGAGAUUAUACAUACAUUAGUUCUUUAUAUGAACUUGAAGUGAAUGGAGUACCAACAACAGUAGUCCUGGCAAGAAGCCACUUAGUGAAUGACAUUCCUCCAAAAUCAGGAGUUGUAAGAGUGACAGAUUACAUACAAAGCUUGACCAUACAGGGUGAUGGUAAUGUGGGUACUAAAGCCUACAUGUAUUAUUUUGACAAUCCUGAUGGAAUGAUCCCUACAUGGCUGAUCAACUGGGCUGCAAAGACUGGUGUUCCAACAUUCAUGACUGCUAUGAGACAAGCUUGUCUAGGAUAUGAUGAUUACCUUAAAAAGUACAAGAAAUAAUAUUUUUAAGUGCAUUCUGAUAUUUAAAUUUUGAUAUGAUUAGCAUGGGUAAAUAAGCCAUGUAAUUAUGUAAAGAUCUUCAUUUUGUUAUUACUGUACAGUAUUUUAAAAAAGCAAUUUUUUCAGUUGCACAAUCUUAUUUUAAAAUCUGACAUUGUAAAUUAUAAAUUUUGAUAGCAUAUACUAGGUAAAUAACCAACAUUUAAAACAGAUCUUCAUUUACAGUCCUGAAGUGGUAAAAAGGGAACUUGGAUUUGUCUAUUUUGCCUAGAAUUAGGAAUUUAGGUCACUGGGAAUGAAAAAAAUAGAAUGGAAAAAAAUGUUUUCAAAGAAAAACGUUUGGGAUUUGGACACUGGGAAGUGGGAUUUAUAGAAAUAAAUUGAGUUUAGUAUCCUCUUCAUUUCAUUAUUUUAUGGAGAGCAACUAAUUCUUAGUUGCAAAAUCUUAUAUUUAAAAUUAUUUUUGAUAUGCAUUGUAAUAUAUAAAUUUUGGUAUAGCAUAUAUAUAAGGCAAGUAAGUGAUAUAUUUCACUGGUCUUCAUUUUAUUUAGCAAUUUUUCAGUUCCAAAAUCUUAUAUUUAACUUAUUGAUAUGUCAAGAAAUAAAAUAAUUGGAAAAGGUGAAA